GGAGUUAGUUAGCGUUAGACAAGCAUUGACUCAGGAUUUUUCACAUAGACAUCCUGUUUCUGUGUCGUGGAUACGUACUUCUUUUCUCACCCGAAGAGCGUGGUUACGGUCGUUUAUUUGUAAGGAAGUUGUUGUAGAACAAAUAGAGUUCAGAUAGAAAUAAAUCCAAAUCGGAAUAUGAACAAAUAACAUGUGCUCGAGUGCGAGCGAACCAGUAUAAGUUGUACAACCAGUAGAGUAAAUUAUAUUCCUGCAGUGUUUAUUCUCUUUCUGCACUUGUGAAUCAGAAUGAGUAAAAAGCGUCCAGAUCGGAGUGACGACCCGUGGUAUGCCAACUUUGGCAGUAGCGGCAGCGAAACUAGCGAUUCCGAGGUACCCCUUCGGAAUGUCAGUCCGAGUAGCGGCAGCGACUCUGACUCGUCCGACAGUGACUCGCCUUCGCCGGUCGUGGACACUAGCAAGACCCGUGUACCAGUAGCACAGCCUAAGGCACCCCCGGCGCCCUCUGGAGGAGGGCGGCAACUACCCUUCACGAAUGGUAGAAACAACAGUUCUGCUGCGGCUUCGGCGUCUGCCGCGGUUGCCCGAGAAGUUCCGGCGGCCGUCGAGGUACCGGACAACGUGACGUCCCGGCGGUGGUUCAUGCAGGUGGAGUGCAAUGUGUACAGGCAGUACGUGCCAGGCAGCUGGGUUCCCCCGGGAUGGCCGGACACCAACUGUUCGGAUUUUUAUUCGAAGGAAGACAUUGCUCACUUCUGGCCGCUGACGGGUUUUUUCUACAACAAACACUGGAAGGCUUGCGGUUGGAUGGACGUGAGCUUGGCCCGGGAUUUUAAGAGCUUGUUGACGCACGUGGAGUCUCCCUCCGCAACGCGAUUCUACACGGAAUCCUCCCUGACGAGCUGCUUUGAAGGGACGUACGAGGGGAACCCGUUUAAAAAGGUGAGAGCCGCCGUCCAGGUCUACAUCGACUUUGCCACGCCCGACGAAACCUUGAAAGAGCAGGCGCAGAUUCGCUUGCGGCAACGUGCGGCGGACCUGCGGCAUAUUCAGUGUUACCGGAAUAAGAAGCACACAAUUGCGGUCGAGCCGCAAGGCAUUUUGGAGCGCUCGGAUACUGGGCUGCAGUUGACAAAGAGCGACUGGAAAAAGAUGUUUGCCCAGGCUGCCACGGGGGUUUUUCACGGAAAGAAGGGACACGCGUCCGCAAAGGAUAUGAAGACCGCAAAAGCGCGGCUGACCCCGGAGGAGCAACUAGCAAAGCUGUACGAGAACAACGUCAAGUAUGAAUCCAUGCCCAUGGAGAACGUACGAAACUGCCCUCGGUUCGCUUUGCGACCGCACCAGCAGAAGGGUUUGAAGUGGAUGCUGGACCGGGAGAGCAGCCAAGAACUCGGUCCGCACUGGGAAGGCGCCCAGUUGACGGUUGCGGAGCGCAUGCGAGGCGUCGAGAGUAGGGGACUACACACUGGUGGUCCGACUCCGAGCCCGCUUGUGCACUGCAUUUUUGACGACGAGAAAAAGCGGAGGAGGAGAAACGAAGUGCGUGUGCCGCGCGGCGGGAUUGUUGCGGACGAAAUGGGUUUGGGGAAAACGCGGCAGAUGCUGGCAGUCUGCGCGAAAAAUCCGCUCCGACACACGUUGAUCGUCGCACCCCCAGCGGUUUUGUACGAUGUUUGGGCGGCUGAGAUCAACAAUUUACUAGUUUCGAACCCGCUCUUCAAGGAUCAAUUCGUUCUAUUCCUGUACCAUGAAAACAGGAAGGAGCUGCCUGCGGACAACUGCAUCGUGAAUGUGGACACCGAGAAGGACGACGAUGUUGAGAUGAACUCAGGUUCUUCGAAAAAGCCAACGAAGAAUGGCAGGAGUGGGACAUCAGCGGGAGAGUUGAAAGGUAGCAAGUCGAGUAAGAAGCAAACGGCUGGCGGUGCAGCUUCAAAGCAAACCGUUGUUCAGGAGCGUGCUUUGGAACCGCACCAGCAUUCUAUCACCUUGACGUCGUACGAAACCUUCGUCUCCGCUGCGAAAAGCUUUCAAACACGCAAAUGGGGCCGGGUGAUUCUGGACGAGGCGCAUGAGAUACGGAAUCGCACCGGGAACAAAUUCAAGCAAAUUGAGGGUCUGAAGGAAACAGAAAAGCGCUGCACGUGGCUGUUGACGGCAACACCCUUCGUGAACAAAGCCGAAGACCUGUAUUCCCUGUUUUCGCUUCUGCAGGUCGAACCGUUCCGGCAGAACUACACGGCCUUCGGAGCGAACAUCGUCGCUCCAUGGAAACAGAGCUCGCUGGUCGGUCUUGAGCGGGCAAACAUGCUGUUGCGGUUUUUCAUGCUCCGCCGGCGAAAAAACGACCAGGUGCGUCAGCCGGGGGAGCUGGUAGCUGGACCCCUGCUCAAACUUCCGCGGAAGCACGAGAAGUCAUGGAGCAUGCCGCUAGACAAAGCGCGCAACCCUGAGCACCUCCUGAUGUGUCAAAACUUGCUGCGAUUCGCAGAGAAGGAGAUCGCGGGGCCGGGAUCCAGCUGUGGCCAGGGCGCGAUUGCCUUGCACGCGAUCUCGAAGCUGCGGCAGCUGCACCUUAGUCCCUUGAUGAUCCCGCAGGAAUGGCGCGCGGUGCUGGCGCAGCCCUACAAUGCCCGGAAUAUCAUGGGUCUCUUCAAACCCCAGCCCAAGAGCGAGGUCAAGGCACAGCUGGGGCUUCUGGAUCCCAAUAUGAUUAAACCGGGUACAACUAUCGACAAAGCGACCGCGGUGGUGUCGGUGAAGCGAGGGCAGGUGCUAACAACUGUGCAACACGGGGAAAAUGACAAGUCCAUUUCGAAGACCGUCGAGGAAAUCUUCCAGGGUGCGCUCGACGAGCCGCACGGGUGCUCCAUCUGCAUGGAAGACAUGGAGAUCAGCGCCACGGAACCCAAGCAGAAUAGCUCGGUGUGCUGUUUACUCGCCUGCCUACACUGCUUCCACACUGCGUGCCUGGAAGAAGCCUUGAAAACCAGGCGCGAAUGUCCCUACUGCCGCGCACCGGUGGCAGACACGCAGUACAUGUGCCACCCACCGAAGGGACUGCUGCUGGACGGCGUGUCGCCGCAGCAAGGUCGCGCUGCGGGUAAAGCUUCGCCUGGGAACAACUCCGCAUCGUCCUCCGCAGCGGUCGAGGCAAUUUCAGUGAUAGACAGUGGUCCCUUAAGAACCGCUGAGGAACGCGAGCAGUUUGCAAAUGCUCCCAAGGUAAAUGCCAUUUUGAAACUGGUUCGCGAGGCCAGGCCCGGCGAACCACUUCUCAUUUUUUCGUCCUUCACGACCUUUUUGCAACUGCUGCAACACGCGUGCGUGCUGGAUGCGACCCCGAACGGUGUGCCGUUGCGGCGCUGUGCCACGGGGAUCCUUCGCGGGGGCCUGACGCCACACAGGCGGUCGGGGCUGGUGCAAGCGUUUCAAAACGGCGAGAUUGAUGUGAUGUUCUGUAGCUUGAAGGCUGCGGGAGUCGGAAUUACGCUGACAAAAGCCAAAAAAGUCGUGUUGUGCGAGCCGCACUGGAAUUUGCCAAUGGAAGAGCAAGCCAUCGCGCGCGCGCACCGGUUUGGCCUGGACCACGACAUCGACGUUAUACGACUGAUCACAACGUUUCCGAAGGAGAAAGCCAGUAGCGCAUCAGCGACCAGCAGCUCCAGCUCUUCGUCUGCCUCGAGCCGUUCGGGGACGAUGGAGAUUAGUUCCCGAAUCCAGCAGUCAGCGACUCUGCCACAUGCAGUCUCCGAACUGAGCAUCGAAGAGCGGAUGCUGCACAUGCAGCAACAGAAGAACGACAUUGGUAAUGCGAGCGCGAACACGAAGAUCAGCAAAGAGGAAAUGGACAAACAGAAGGAAAAGCGACAAGGACUCAUGUUUGAUCUGCUUCGUGGAUCGAGUCUCGGAAACAAGCGCGUGCAGCCAUGGGUGCAAAACGCGCAGACCGUGUCCGCCAGCUCUUCGUUCGGUGCGAAACGCCAGCGAAGAUAGACGUAUGGAUCGACAAAAAGAAUCAGCUAAAUGACAAUGAAUAAAGACAAGGGCAUUAUUUCGAUGUAAGAAAGACCAACAAAUGCAGAAGUGCGCCCCUUCUUGCAUUAACCAGACCGACAAAAGUGAAAAGCAAAAGCAGAAGCCUUGCGGCUUUUCGUUUCCAAAAGAAAACGCAGG